CUAAAAAAAUUCAUAGGCUUAUUUCCGACAUCAUCGACUCCAAGUGAGCACAUUUUACCGAUGGCCAAGGAGCCAAUAUCUACCGCCGGGGGCUCAGCAACGACCCGUCUUGUCGUGCAUAACAAUGAGACAAUUCGCGCGUUCCUUCUCGUCGCCGCGGCCGACGAGCAACGCCUCUCUGGUGAACUCCGAGAUAUCGCUUCUGAUCUCUCAUCUCAGAGUUCCGUCCCUUAUCGAUCCCUCCGCUCCGUCUGGUCGGCUCUUCCGGUCGGCGCAAGGCCCUCCUUAACCGCCCUUUUUUCUGGUGCUGAAUUCCUCUUCUCUAGCCCCAAACCCAGGGAGAAGAGCGAGGAGUUGAAAGAGAGACUGAGGAAGCUUGCGGAGAUGGCGGAGAGGAAGGAAUACGAAGAGCUUGUGAAGGACGUUGCUCCGAGAAUGGAGAAAGCGGAGCCCUUCUCUUCCUAUAAAGAUCAGAUAGGUUUUGGUAUGCCUUUGUUUUUUUUUUUCCUCCAUUGUUCAAAAACUGAUGCAUAUUUUAGAAAAACAUGGAUAAUUAUGUAUAUUUAUGGUUCAAUAGGUGAUUUGUUUCUUAGAUGA